CUGAAAUUUAUCAGAUCUUAUGUGUUGCUGAUAUGGUUUUUCUAAUUUCAAAAUUGGGUGUGUGAUGAUGUUGGAUGAUUGGUAUUUUAUUAGGGCGUAUAUGGUAUUUGACACGUGCUUUAUUAGUGUUCGGGGUGGUUGGUGUUUUGAUGAUUUUUUGUCUAUUGUUGUGGUCCGUUACCAUAUAGCAGGGUGAUUUUGCCCUACAAUGGGAGUACCUCACUUGUGGUUUUUGUAUUCAGGUAGUGCACGGGUACAUUUGCAGUUCCAGGAAUUUACUUUUUCGCUCACUGAUUUUGCAAGAAUGGCUGCCGAGAUGUUAAUCAUUGAUGUAAAGCCGGAGACAAAAGUGUGGACAUGCCGUGUGACUGUGAUUGAAAAGCAAAACAUACGCACAGCCAAAAAUUCCCCCAUGCGUUUUAUGCCAAUGGUUCUUGUGGAUUCAGUGGGAACUAGGGUGGAGGCAACCGCUUUUGCGGGUGAUAUUAGUGCCAUUGAUGAACGUUUGCAAUUGUACUCGACCUACCUCAUUUCGAAUGCAUACGUUAAGCCAUUGACUCAAUUGCGUUUCUGUAUAGACUACAACUACCAGUAUGUAUGGUCGUUCACUCGUCGAACAUUCAUUCAAGAUAUCCAACUUCAUGAUGGGGUCGACUACCGUGAACUUGCUGAAGGUUCUGCUAAACCAUUUCGAGAACUGUUUGCUUGCCACUUGACCAAAGAGAAAUUCAGUAUCUUGGCUGUUAUUGUUGCUAAACUACCCCGAGGCUUCAUAGUGACUGGUGAAAAACAAAAACUUGCAUGGGAUGUUGUUGUUGUGAAUGACGAAUUAAUCCUUGUGCCUAUGACCAUAUGGGAAGACUUUGUGAACCGCCAUGGUGCAAGCAUUGAAAAAUCUUUGGCAUUGAACGAUUGGCCUAUUAUGCUCCUUAGUAAGGCUGGCACAAAUAUUUAUCAGGGUCUGUCGCUGGUAACCCGCUAUGAUUCCCACAUGGAACUUAACCCUGGAGGUGAACGUGCUUUGGUGCCAAAAAAAUUGGU